AUGCGAAACCAGCCGGACCUUUUGGUGACAAAUGCGAUCCCGGGUACCGAGGCGUGGAACGGCCAUCGUCUCGUCAUCUCGAAGUUGAGGGCCCGCAUACAACCACUGGGAAAAUCUCAAGGUAAGCGACCACCAGGUUAGUGGAAUACUGUUCUUGUGGAUGUGCCUGCUUACCUUUUCCACCUUAGUUACAAGAAAACUCGGCUGCUAAACAGCCUCCAGUCGUCAACGACGAGGACGCUUUCAUAGAAAACCGAAUGUGUCAACCGAGGGACACAGUAGAGUCAACUGCUCCGGAUGUCCUCGACCGUGCACGUGAUCAAAACCAGGACUUCUCUGACGACAACGACGAUGACGACGACGACGACGACGAGGCGGCUAUCGGAAACUUGCACUCUGAGAAGAACUGA